AUGACCGCCGCAACCAAAGACUCCAAGGGCCUCACCGUCUACAAGCCGCCCUUCACCAUCGACACAAUCAACGCUUUUCUGAGCAAGGUUCCCUUCUCCUCGCCCUUCCUGGCCAUCCUUCCUGGUCUCGCCGUCCUCUACCACAGGCGGACCAACCCUCACCUCGCAAGCUCCACCACGCUCGGCGAAGGCUUCACUCUGGUCAAAAAUCUUCUCUUCUCGCAGUACAAGUUUGUCGGUGUCAUCUGGAUCCUUGUCUUGAUCCGCACCAUCAACGGCAUUCUCGUCCGCUACAACCGCAAUCACCGGGAGUGGGCGCGCGACCCCAUCGACUAUAAGAACGAUGUGGUCGUCAUCACCGGUGGUUCCGCCGGUAUCGGCAAGGAGAUCGUCCAGCUGCUGAGCCACAAGAAGAAGGCGCACAUUGCUGUGCUCGACAUGGCACCGCCCACCUACAUUGCUGCUCCCGCUGGAGCACCCGAGAUCCUCUACUACAAGACCGACGUCAGCAACCUCGAGCAGGUCUCUGAGGUGGGCAAGAAGAUCCGCCAGGCGUUCGGCGGUAAGAAGGUGGGUGUGCUGAUCAAUUGUGCCGGUGUCGCCUCGGGCAAUACCAUCCUCGAUUGCGAUCUCGACUCGGUCGCGCGCCUGUGGCGCAUCAACACGUUUGCCAACUGGGUCACGGUCAAGGAGUUCUGCCCAGACAUGAUUGCGCGCAAUCACGGUCACGUCGUCACCGUCUCGUCGGCAGGUGCCUACUCGACGCUCCCUUCCAUGUCCGAGUAUGCUACCUCGAAAGCGGCUGCGCUCGCCUUCCACGAGUGUCUCGCCAUCGAGAUGCGCACCCGAUACAACGCGCCACGCGUCCGCACCUCGCUCGUCGCCCCCACAAAGGUCCGCACCGCCCUCGGAGACGGAAUGGAGGACCACGCAGACCCCUUCUUCACGCCCGUCCUCGAACCCAUCCAGGUCGCCGAACAGAUCGUCUGGAGUCUCGACUCGGGUCUCUCGCAGCACCUCAUGCUUCCCGGCUUCGCCGUCAUCCUCCCCUGGAUUCGUGCCGCCCCCGACUGGUUCAGGCGCGCUCUGGCCGUCAUCGACAACGGUGACAACACCGUCACCGAAAAGAGCAUGUCCCGCGCCAUGAAGAACGGAUACGGCAAGAACUGGGAGGGCGCCGACAAGGAGCUCUACGAACGAAGGACAAAGCUCAUGGCUAACCAGAAAGGUUCCAAGUGA